UCUUGUUUGUAAGAUUUAUUGAACCACUGAUUGAAAUUUCUCAUGAAAUACCUUAAGUUAUUUUCUAAUUUAGUAUCAACAUCCAUUAUCUACUCAAAUUAUCUAAGGCUGUGAUAAAGAUUGAGACGAAUUACUCGUAUUACCAUCUCAUUGUAAUGAGAAAGAAAUCAUCUGCAGAUAUUCGAAAAUUAAUUUUAAAAAUGUUUUGAUCAAGAAACUGAUUCCGGCGGGUGGGGGGUAGAUACUCACAGUAGCCAGAGCCAGAUAAUUUGGAAUUGAUUCGAUUUCAAUACAAGUGGUGUAUGGACACAUUCGAUUGGUUUUAGCUAAAGUAAUAUAGAUCUAGCGCUCGGUUUUCUAUAACUUAAAUCUGAUCGUCAUGAAAGAAGGCAUGGUUAUCAUAUUUUUGCUAGCUGUGGCUAUGCAACCGAACUUCUUAUUACUUCAGGGUUCCGAUGACCUAAAUCCUAAUAUACCCAAACCACCUGAAACAUUUUUUCUGAAUGCCUCGCAUCAGCUUAAUGAGUUCGAAGAGACUUUGCUAUUCCAUAAUCGCCUUUUUGUGGAUAAGACUAUGUUCAUUGAAGAGUUGAUUAGACGACAGCAGACAUGCGAACUAAUCAGUCGUCCUUCCCCGCUGGGCUAAGACUUUUAAUAUGGCAAUGGCGGAAGCCUUCUUCGAUAUACCACACCACGCUGAUGGCUCAGUUGAUGACUACAAACGAGACAUGGUCGAUUCAUUUUUCAAAGGCGGAUCUGUAAUUGUGUUACCAGGUAAUAAAUCUUCCAUCGAAACAAAACUUUUGGAAAUUUCCAAAGUGAAAAGUGCAAUGGAGGAAAUGGGAUGUCAUCCAACGAUAUCCAUUUCCUUGGUUAGCGAUGGUGACACAUUUAACGACUUUAUCAGGAAAUUUGCUGACCAAAUAAGCGAAAUAAUUUCUACUAAAAAUUACGCCUCAUUUUUACCAAAGUACUGUGGAAGAACUGGCCGGCCAAACGCGUGUUACGAACUUUUAAAUAGUACCAAAGAAGAGCUCGCUGGUAACCUCGAUUUAUUGAAAAGUAGCAUUGAAAUAUUAAUUGGUCUACUGACGAGCCAUUUCAACUCAGAAACUGUGGUAUUAAUUGACGAUCAUGAUUACCCAUUGAACCGAAUGCUAUGCAACGAAACUGAUUUUAAGCGAACUGCAGAAUUUUUGAAUAGUUUGUUCACUCGGACAUUUCAAGGUAAGACGCAAACCUGCAUAUACCGUGGUGUCGUUUUUGGUGUGCUGAAAUUUUCGAGAUGCGUCUUAUCAGCUUGUUUGGAUAGCAGUGUAUUAGAACCGGAAUAUAUGCCACAUUUUGGUUUCACCGAGGCAAACGUUCAAACGCUACUUGAAAAAAAUCCUAGCUUUCCGCAUAAUCUGACUGAAUUGAAAACCUGGUACGGUGGCUACACAUUUGGGGAGCAUUACGGGUAUAACCCUCGCUCAAUUCGUGGUUACUUCGAAUCUAAUCGAACGAGCAACUAUUGGAUAACGAGCGUUCCAUUGGGACUUAAUUCGAGUCAUCUGGAUACCCCUCUUCAUCAACUAUUUAUGUUGGAUAAAUAUCAAAGGUACGUUCAGAAAUUGUUUGUCAAUAGCUCAGUGCAAACUACACUGCGAUCAGAGAUAGAUUACACUGAUGCUGCAACGGACGAAGACGCUUUUCUAUCCGUUUUAACAGCAAUGGGGUAUACGACGUUUGAAAAAAUAUUCGAAAUCUGUAAUUUUUAUAAUGUCCGCAUUCCAAAUAAGGAAGUGCGCGAUGAAUUCAAACAUGCAAUCGGACUAUGGACGAAAAAGCAUGUUAGUAAGAAGGACUUUGAUUCGAUGGACGCUGUCGUUGAUGGAAUUGUAGAAAGUUUCAGACAGAAAAAUGUGGCCUUGAUUGGAGAAAAUUUCUCCAAGCUCGUGUCGGGCAUCAACGAAACAACUGAUGCAAAACACCAUUGCAAUCUUAUUUUCGGAUUAUUGGUCACAUUCGGUAAUGAUUGCUGGGACGUGCAACGUAGUUUCGAUGACGUAAUUUCCAUCGCAGGAAAACUACAAUUUCACUGCUACAUUUCAGUAAGCUUGAAGCCAAAUUUCAAUCAUCCUAAUCCAAUAACAGCUUAUAUCUUGAUAAAUGUAAAUACAAGUCCUGUUGCUGAAAAGGGUGGACUCAAACGUCUGUGGAGUAAACUACGAGUGAAAAUGGGUAUGAAAAAGUCGUUCAAGACCGCGAUCGAUGAUUGGAUAAAUACUAAAGUUGCCCAUACUGCAACGAACAGUUGCGAUUGCGAUCGGUUCGCUCUCGUUUACGUCGGCGGAAAACUCUGGCAAAUGUUCGAUUGUUCAAAUUCAGCUACUAAGUAAGUUUGAAAAAUAGGUAGGCAAUGUGGAUUACGCAGGUAGUUUCUGUGAAACGGUAAAGUAACAUUGAAGCCAGACCCGAAUUAUAAUAUUUCCGGUCCAGUGAUAGCUGUCAAUUUCAUGGUAAAUGGAAAUCCUAGCUUUGAAGUUGAACAACCUACAUCGAAGCUCGAUUCAACACGUGACGUUUCUUCCAAAGUUCCUACCAAGCUCACAACAAUUAACGAUGGUCAUACCCAUAAUGUUACUGUACAAAUUACCGGUGGCGGUGGGACACAAUUUGCUGCUACUAGUCGUACCACAGUUCUGAAAACAUGUUCUACCAGUGUCUUCUCUAAAAUAAACAAAGGGGCGAAAGGCGUCAUGAAGCAUGGCAUCAGGACAAUUCAAAUUAAAUCAACUUGGAAAAAUAAUUUUGGCAAGUUUAUUAAUGAGAAUAUAGAUAAGAUCAUAGAUUCUUCAAAACUCAAAGUUGAAACAUUUGUGACAGGCCCGUAGCCAGCAUAGGGUCAGCCGGGGCAAUGCCCCGGCUAGAAAGGCUGUUUGCCCCAGGUAGCAAAAUCCAAAAAAAAAACACGUUUGCCCCGACCAGAAAAAUCAGAAAGAAAAAAUCAGAAAGUGCAUAAACUCAACAACGUAAAAUUAUUUUUACGUUUAUAAAAUGGCCACACCGGCAUGAAUUGCAUUUGAUAGCUCCAUGACUCGCUCGAUACUAAAUUUUAAAUCAAAAAUUUGAUAAUUUGAGUAAAAAUUAGUAAUUUUUGAGGAUAAGAAAUCCAGUACAUCUUUUUGCAAUUUUUUUCGAAAAGUGAGAUUUUCACUUUGUGCAAUUUAUGGCAAUUCUACAUAAAAAAUUAAAACUUUUACACUGUGAAAAAGCUAAAAUUUUCAGCAAUAGGGAAGACUUAUGGACAAACUUUUAGGAAAAAAUGAAAAUUUUUAUAAUUUUUUGCAAAAAACCGAGAAUUUUGACAAUUUUAAGCAAAGCAAGAUUCACUAUUUUUGAGGAAAAUCACAAAUUUUUGGCAAUAGGCCAAAAAAAUGAUUAUUUUUUUCGCAACCUUCGUUUGAAAAUGGGAGAAAUUUUGGUCAUUAACAUUUUUUUAAAGCAAAAAAGCGGAAUUUUUAGGUAAUUUUUAGAAAGAGAAAUGGAUAUUUUUUGAAUUUUUUUUACCAAAAAGUAACAGUUUUUGGCAAGAAACGAGGAUAUUUUUGGAAAUGUUGGCAAAAGGUGAAAUUUUGAGCUAUUUUUGGCGAUAAAAGUGUAUGUAUAAGUCGGUCAACUUUCUCAAAUUAUUCACUUAUGGAUAUUACUAGCAUUUUUUUCUCACCAAGAUGAAUGCAAAAAUUGAAUUUUUGAAAUUUAAAAAAAAAUAAUAAUUUGUAAACCCAAAGCUACCUAUUGAAAAAGUAACCCAAUUUAGUAACUUAGUUUCUUAAAAAGUGACCAAGUACAAGCCCUGAGCGAGGGCAAAAGUUUGUUUUGAGAAGUAAAGUUUUUUCAGGUGAAAAGAGCGUUAUUUGUCUUGACAUUUCUUUAAAAAUUUGAAUGAUAUAUUUUUUUAAUGUUGUUUGGACGCGAGUCAAAUUUGACUAUUUUACCUCAUGAAAAAAUUUUAACAGAAACAGUGUCACAGCCAAAAAAUUAUUAAGUACAAGAGUUUCACAGUAAAUCGCGCCGAUUACAGCUGAAUUAGACUCAACCCCAGCAUUAUGCAUUAUGUACAUAUGUAUAUUCCUUUUCUGAAAUAUACACACUCGUUCUGUUCAUUUGUUUUUAAAAAACAGAUGGUGGAGGGGGGGUUAAAGGGGGUAUGUUUCAUAGAUGUUUGAGCCUCAAAAAGUGCUGCCCCAGUUGAUAUUUCCUUGGCCCCAGCUACAGUCAGAUUCUGGCUACGGGCCUGAUUUGUGAACGCUUUGACAUCGAGCCUUGUAUAGAGUAAGAAAUUGAAGUUUGUAUGGUAUACAUGUAUCAUCAUUGGAAAAGUGGUUUUAGGUAUAUACUCUACCUAAAACCACUUUUCCAAUGAUGAUACAAGUAUACCAUACAAAAACUUCAAUUUCUUACUCUUUACAAGGCUAGAUGUCAAAGCAUUCACAAAUGUUUCAACUUGAGUUUUGACGAAUCUAUGAUCUUAUCUAUAGGUAUAUGUUAGGCGUUUUUUGGUAGAAUGACAAUGUUCGAACAUGAAAUCGCUGUAAUGUUUUCAAAAUUGAUGAUUAUAAGCCAAAUCUUAUGUAUUUAUGUUGCAUACCACAUAUAUUUUCAUGUUCCAGUGAAUAAACAUUCAAAUUGUGAAAUUUAGUUUUGAUCCACAAUUGGUAGCUAAUUUUUUAUUUCUAUGAAUUUUUUAACCCUUAACGGCUCAAGCAAAUCCUGAGAUGUUAUAAAAAAAUGCUUUCAAUUUCCUGAAUAAGAUCAUCACAAGUAUCACUUUUACUCACAGUUCACCCCCGCUCCCCAGCCCCUUGAAGCCACCUCGAUAAUGAUAGACUUAUUUAUUUGAUUAUUGUCCAAAAUUGAGGAAGCAAAAAACCCAAUUGGGUCAAUCUUGGAACUGAAUGAUAUAGUUUCAUUAGAUGUAAUGAAUGAGUGAAAGCAUAAUUCCAAGGAACACCUCACCUCUUUUUGGGGGGUAAACAUUGAUAAAAGUUGGUAUAAAAUACAGGGACCCAUGCUCCAUUUUUGGAUGAACAUAUUGAUGGUUGAGCUUUCACAAAAUGAAAUCAAGAAAGGCGUGUGCAGGGUGGACCAGAGCGUUUUUUUACAAAUUUGAUAAACUUGUUUCGGAAAAAACCUGAAAAAACAGAGCAUGAAUACGCAGAGUACGUAAUACGGAAAUAUUCUUAAGUAGGCUUGAAAUGACAGAAACAAGAAUUGAAAGGAACACAAAUGCUCUUAACAGGACAUAAGUUCAGAAAAUCUACAAUCCACCUAUCAAAUCUGUUUAUCACUCCGUGGAUAUUCUUUCUCGAUAUUUGUCACCAAAUAGUUACAUCUUGCAAAGAUUAGCAGUAUGAUUGAUUUUCUGUAGAAAUAUCGAAAUAGGUUUAUCUACCACUUUGAAAAGCUUUACACAGUCAAAUUGCAGCACUCUCUGGCAUUUCAUAAUGUUCAAGCAUUUGUGAAGAGGUCACUAUCCCUCCUCGAUCAUAAAUAUAAUGUAGUUCUACAUCGUGAAAAUUGCAUGAGCAGAAGUCGUCGUUUACAAUCAUGAGAUUGUGUCUAGCUUAUGACUACCUACUGGAUUCAGGGGAUUUGAGUUUCAGCAAAAAGCUUUCAACUGUUGUUCAACCACAACUCUGAACUUUUGAAAGUUUUGAGAAAUUUCUGCUGAAGUCGAUAUUCUUUCUCGAUAUUUGUAAACAAAUAGUUACAUCCCCUAAAGGUUAGUGGUACGAUUGUUUUUCUGCGGAAAUGUCGAAAGAGGUUUAUCUACCACUUUGAAAAGUUUUACACAGUCAAAUUGCAGCUGUCUCUGGCAUUUCAUAAUGUUGAAGCAUUCAUGAAGACGUCACUAUCCCUCCUUGAUCAUAGAUAAUGUUGUUCCACAUCAUGAAAAUUGCAUGAGCAGAAGUCGUUGUUUUCAAUCAUGAUCAAAUAGGAAUUAGGGUAAUGUAAAUUACUUUUUUUCAAAACUGAACACUUUGAAGUGAAAGAGGAAGCUUCGAGGAUUAUUUUUUUUUUUAAUAUCAAAAUUGGGUCAUAAAUGAUGUCUUGGCGAUUAAUUGUAAAAAAGUGGUCCAUAACUGGUAGUUUACCUUACUUUAAAUUAUUAUUUUUAUUCUCAUGUUUUUUAUUUUUGUUGUUGUUUUGU